UCAAAUGGCAAUUCUCAAUUUUACAUUGCUGAGUGCCGACUUACCGAGUGAAAGAUUUCGUUUCGUUUUAUUGAUUUUGAAUGAAUUAGUCUGAAAUGCAAGUCUAAGUAAAUAUAAAAACUCGAAAUUAGCAAUCGACAUAAGUUUUGAAUCCAGGCUACAAAAAAUAUGAAUCUAAAAGACAUUGUGUACAAACCUUGACCCUCAAAUUUGAUUGACUGUUCUUUAACGAAAAAAACACGGUACACUGAAGAGAUCUAAAUGAUACGAGAAUUUUACGACAGUUCAGAUGAAGAUGAAAUGGAAAGUCAGUAUCAGAUAGAUCCAGAAUGUUUGGUUCUAACUCGGCCAGAUCGCGAUAUGCAUAACCGGUGCUGCGGUGGCAAAGCAUGGUGUAUAAAGGAUAUAUGCGGAAUAAUAUGUGCAAUACUGACAUGGUUACUUAUACUGUACGCGGAGUUCGUGGUGAUGAUGGUGAUGCUGCUACCGGGCGUGUCGACGUAUCCUCUAUACAGCUACAUAAAUAUAAUCAUCUUUCAGUGUUUCGCAUUCCUUGCUUUCGCGUCACAUUUAAGAACAAUGUUCACUGACCCAGGGGCGGUACCGAAAGGGAAUGCAACUAAGGAGAUGAUAAAGCAAAUGAGUUUCCGCGAAGGCCAAGUUAUAUUCAAGUGCACGAAAUGCUGCAGUAUCAAGCCGGAACGGGCUCACCACUGUUCGGUGUGCCAGCGUUGUAUCAGAAAAAUGGAUCAUCACUGCCCAUGGGUCAAUAAUUGCGUUGGCGAGAAUAAUCAAAAAUAUUUUGUGCUCUUUACUUUCUACAUAGCGGCUAUAUCCAUUCACUCGUUGACUCUAUCCGUGUACCAGUUCGUGACUUGUAUUAAACACGAAUGGCGCGAUUGCAGUACAUAUUCGCCGCCAGCGACUGUCGUUCUUCUCUUAUUUCUGAUCGCCGAAGCCUUACUCUUCGCCAUAUUCACAGCGGUCAUGCUAGGAACGCAGCUUCAUGCGAUUUGGAACGAUGAAACUGGCAUCGAGCAGUUGAAAAAAGAACAAGCGCGCUGGGUCCGCAAAUCGCGAUGGAAGAGCAUACAGUCAGUAUUCGGUCGUUUUUCAAUUCUAUGGUUCUCGCCGUUCACUCAACCAGCGCCCAAGACAAAGCUUGAGAGUUAUUUGUAUAGUGUUUAAAAAUGGACGAUAUUCACACGAUUUUAAUCACUAUAUGUUAAGGCAUAAAGGCUAUGAUCGAUCGUGCGUUACGCAUAUGGCAAUACCAAUUAUGUUGCCGUUUAAAGCAAUAACACCAAUGUUUUCUUCUAUGUGUAUAUUCAGAUGUUUAAUUUAUUUCUCUUUAUAAGUUUAAAUAACGAAGUAUAUUUACACCUUCGACUGACGCGGUUUAUAAAUGUUUAUUGUAGGAGAAGUCAUUACAUUCAAGUGCAUUUAACGUUUGUUAUAUGUUCGGAAGAACCUAAGUCUUGUAAUAUCGAUGUGAUUUGAUAUCAUAGUUAUCGAUGGCGUUGUGAAAGGUUGGCCACAAAAGUAUGCUACAGAACUACCAUAUAGUACAAAUAACUAAAAUUGAAACAGUUUUCAGUGAAGAAUUAUAGAUGUUAGAGCAUUUUAAAUAUAUAUUGUAUGUUGGCGAUUGGUUUUAUAUUUAAGCUGGUUACGAUGCCAACGUGAGCUGCUACUUCACUUUGAACGUAAAAAUUAGUUGAACACUUAUCGGCCUAAGUUCCAUUGCAGAUUUUUUUUUAAAUCUACUAAUUACUAAUCUUGCAAAAUAUUCGAUUCGGUUACGUAAAUAAACAUUAGUCAA